AUGUCUCUCUCUAAUUCUGGCAGACUUGCUUUGAGAAUCUCAAGACAAGCAGAAUGUGUAGUUGCUGAAAUACCUACAUUUCUUUGCCCGCUACUCGCGCGAAGCUUGCACCCUUCAAAGCUGGUCCACAGCCAACCACGAAAGAGCGUUCGAGCUCAGCGAAGAUAUGUUCAGUCGCACGCUCAGUCUCAGGCCCAGGAAGUUCCGGAAUCUUAUUCUAUUGCCUCAGCCCAAGCUUCAAUGCAGUUGCCUUCACAGUGCGCUGGAUGCGGUGCCUUCUCACAGACAACUGGUGAUGUUGAAGCGGGGUUUUAUUCAUUGACAAGGAGGUCAGUUAGGGAAUAUCUUGGGACUUCAUACACGGCAAAAAAUAGGACAGCCACAGCAGAAGAUGAGGUGGUCAAGAAAGCCCUAGAAAAUGUCGACAGUACGAUUCUCGAGACUUUGGGGAUGGAGAAACCCGCAGAUACAACUACAUCCAUGGAACCACCAGUAUGUGACCGAUGUCACAAUCUCAAGAACCACCAAACUGGGGUUUCCAUAUAUCAUCCCUCUGUACAAGUUCUCCAACAAACGAUAUCCGAAUCUCCCUACAAAUACAAUCAUAUAUAUCACAUCAUAGAUGCCGCGGACUUCCCCAUGUCGUUCAUACCUGCCCUGACCAAAACGCUGCAUGUGACACCUCAGAGAUCGCACAAUCGACGUUCGAAAGCAGGGAGAUUUUACAGUGACAGAAAAACGGAAGUGGAUUUUGUGAUCACCCGCUCGGAUCUUCUAGCACCCACGAAAACGUUGGUAGAUUCUAUGAUGCCAUAUCUAACGAGUGUGUUGAGGGAUGCUUUGGGGAGGGCGGGAAGGGGGGUUCGCUUGGGAAAUGUUAGGUGCGUUAGUGCGGAAAGAGGUUGGUGGACGACGAAGCUAAAGGAGGAUGUUUUUGAGAGGGGGGGUGGUAAUUGGAUGGUGGGAAAGGUCAAUGUGGGAAAGAGUCGGCUUUUUCAUGAGGUGUUUCCAAAAGGCAGAGGAAAGAAUGAGGUGAUUGUCGGUAAACCUUUGCUCAUGGAUGGAAGGACUGAUGAUAAUGUUACUAACGGCGCUCCUUCGCCUAUGGUUUCCUACAAACCGAUGCUGAUAGAAUCAGGAGAGGUAGAGGUAGAGGAGGAAUUAGUAAAAGAUGAAUCGGACGAUACAAUGCCACUUCUCCCUCCGGCACAACAAGAAACAGCAUAUCCAGCAAUGCCCCUUGUGUCGUCUCUUCCUGGUACGACAGCAUCGCCAAUUCGAGUGCCUUUUGGUAAUGGAAAGGGAGAGCUUAUUGAUCUUCCUGGGAUAUCCCGAGGCGAACUCGAGCUUCAUGUUCAGCCAGAGCAUCGGAGUUCGCUUGUCAUGAAAAGUAGGAUAAAACCAGAACAGAAAGUGAUGAAGCCUGGUCAGUCACUAGUACUCGGCGGUGGCCUCAUCAGAAUUACACCCACAGAUCCAGAUAUAAUAAUGAUGGCUUAUUCGUUCAUAUCUAUACAGCCAAACCCUCAUUUGACGUCGACUGAGAAGGCGAUCGUCAUGCAGAGUAGAGGUAAAGAGCCAUUCAUUGAUAAUAUAAUGCUCUCUGGAACGGAAGAGAAGGUCGCUUCAGCUGGGAUUUUUCCUUUGAAAUGGGAUGUAACGAGGGCACGUAUAGGACCAGUCACCAAUUCUAUCAUUGAUAGGGGCAAAGUGGAACAACUCCCAUUUCAGAUUCUUUCCACGGAUCUCUUGAUCGAGGGGUGUGGAUGGGUUGAGCUUGUUGCACAAGUUAGCAAGAGGCGUCUCCUGAAGGCAGACGCAACUAACUAUAACACGGCAGAGAAUGCAAGCUGGGGAUGGGGGGACGAGAAGGAAGUUGCAGAUGAUAUGGCAUGCCCGUCAGUUGAAGUAUUUACUCCUGAAGGGAAAUUUAUCGCUGCUAGGAGACCAAUGAAUGCAUGGAUGCUUAACGCUAAGAAAACGUCGAAGACUAAAGCUAGGCCACCGCGUAGUAUGAAAGGUGUUGAAAAGUUAAGGAAAGCUAGGAUGGGUGCAACAAGAGGAUAA